GAUGCCAGCCCGCCGGCCGGCAGCCCCUCCUGCUGCGCGCCGCCGGCCACGCUGUGGCCGCUGCGCAACUUCUCCGCCCUGGGGCACGAACUGCGCCGCGUCGGGCUCCAGGGGGUAGGCGUCGAGAUCGGCGCGGGCGCGGGCGAGUUCUCGAGGGAGCUGGUCUCGGGCUGGCAGGAGGCGGACCGCUACGUGCAGGUCGACGCGCGCUACGGCGGCACGGACCCCAAGGGACCGACUCGGGUCGGCCGCCGCAGCCGUCGGCAGAUCCCUGGUGGAGAAGGGCUAUCCAUGACUCGGUGGUCCAGUGCGCCGACGACGUCGUGCCGUGCGUCGCGGAGUUCGGCCCGGGGACGCUCAGCUUCGUGUACAGGGGCCCUUUGCCCGCCAGCGGCUCCGUCGAGUCGCAGCUGGCCGCCCUCUGGCCGAAGCUGGCCGUCGGGGGCGUCCUCGCCGGGGCCGAGCUGGACCCCAAAGUGCGCAAGGCCGUCAUCGCCUUCUUCGCCGGCACGUCCGAGCUGUCGACCCCGGACCUCCUGCGGUGCCCCCGACAGGUGAUGCUGAGCUACCGCACGAAGGGCGCCGAGUGGGACUCCUGCAACGUGUACAUGACCGUGCACGGUGUGAACUUCGACCUGCUCUCGCAGGACGAGGUCCUCUCCAGCGCCUUCGAGGCGAAGGUCAAGGAGGCCCUCAUCGGCGUGCUGAAGAAGGCUCAGAGCAUCGACGUCUCCCCGGAGGGUAUCCUGCUGCAGCUGAGGCGGGGGGGAGAGGACAGUGAGCCCGACCCGAAGAUGACCGUCGGGCGCCGCCUGGGGGAGCCAGGCUCUAUCCUCGUUGUCGCCACCGUCACCCCGCCAGCGGGCGAGUCGCUGGCCAAGGAGCGCACCUUCUCGGCGGCCUCGGGCCGGAGCUUCGUCAUCGCGCAGGGCUCGUACCCCGCGGCCGAGGCCCUGCCGCGCGAGGUGCGGCCCGACGUCGCGUCGGCCUGCGAGGGCGACCUCCUCGAGCUGCUGGCGAUGCAGGGCGACUGGGGCUACGGGCGCCGCUUCAAGGAGCGCGAAGGCCUCGUCAACGAGGGCGCCUUCCUCCUCGGCUGGGUCCACGGCGUCCGACAGGUCAUCGAGGACGGCAGGAGGCGGCCCGUCGAGGUCGACGUCCACAGCGCCGAGUUCGGCUUCCGCCCGCCGCGCGCGGGCGACGUCUCGGCCAAGCUGCGCCAGAAGCGCUGGCUGAAGAAGAUGUCCGACGCGGCCAGCGCCUG